AUGUCCGGUUUCAACUCUCCCGAGGAUCCCAGGAAGCGUGCCCCCCGCUGCCGCAAAUGCCUGCAACCCAUGAAAGGCCACCGCGCAGAAUUAUGUCGCGCCAGCCCCGCCCGGUCUCCCACGAUCUCUCCUCGCCACAACAACGACAACGGCUACCUGGGGCCGAACCACUGGCGGUCUCCGUCCUGGGGCCGGAAGAUGGACGCCGCAGACGCCGCGGCGCGGGAGCGCGCGUCGUUCGAGCCGCUGCUCAGCCAGCCGGCAUCCUACGUGCCCACCGAGCGCGUCGACGAGGACGGGAACACGAUUAGGAACGGUGGGGACGACGACGACGACGACGACGACGAGGGGGAUGAGGCGUCGUCGGACUCGGGUGGCUUGCGCGGUCUGCGGGCGCGCACGCCGAUGGUCCAGGUCAUGGACCAGGCCAACGCGCUGCGGCUCUGCGGGGAUCCCGUCAUCAGCAUCGUCAGCGUCGCAUGGGGAGACCUGGCCCGCAUGCAGGCGACAGCCGGCCAGUCUGGACUGUGCACCGCCGUUGUCAAGACUCCGUGGGCGCACUGGCGGAUCAAGUCCGAGUCCCAACGCGAGCUGUGGGUCGUCGUGGGCAAGGAUCCCUCGGUCGUUCACCAGAUGGCGGAACUGUAUCACGCUCUCUCACCGGGACGGAAGAAAGAACGCGUCGCUAUUACCACUCCAUGGAAGCAGCUAGUCCUGGCGAGUGUCAUCGGCGGCAUCUUUGUGAUCCUCGUGCUCGGUCUUAGUUAUAUCAGAUACUGGCUAUGA